AUGGACGAUACUUUAUGUUGGAUUCAUACCCCUAAUGCGGAGUGUACCACUAAAAGUGCUUAUAAAGCUUUGAUGCAGGAGGCCCAACCCAGGUUACAAUCUCAAAGUCACACUAUUUCAGAUUCUGAAAUUUCUAUUCUCAAUCAGGUUUGGAAAAGCAAAAACCUGGCUCCAAGAGUCAAAACCUUUGCAUGGAGAAUUCUAAGAAGAGCUUUAGCUUCAGGGCUUAGGGGAUCCAGGUAUUCUACUCACAUUAAAAAGGAAUGUUGCAGGUGCGGCGAGACGGAGACAGAUUUGCAUCUUUUCUUUACUUGCAAUUUCACUAGAGCUAUUUGGUUCCUAUUUGGUCUUAAGUCUGAUGAGUUCAAUCAUAACUUAUAUCCUUCUGAUGUGAUUCAAAGGAUUUUAUCUUCUCAUCAUGCUGACUUAGAUCUGGAUACCAGUUUCACGUUGCUUUGGAAUAUUUGGAAAGCGAGGAAUGAUCUUCUUUUUAAUAAGAAAAAAUGGAGUAUUAUGCAGGUUAUAUAUGCUACAAACGCUAUGCUAAAUGCGGAGCUAAUGGAGGAGAAGGCGGCGGCUCACAUCAACCCUGCAAACAAUAAUAUUUCUCCUUUUCACGUUCAAAAUAUACAGUUCCAAAAUGCAGGUCUUUUGGCGUACAGUGAUGCUGCGUACAAUCCGGAAAUUGCAAAAGAAGAAGCUGGUCUUGGAGUUUUUCUUAGAAAUGUUAGUAACAACCAUACUGUAUUUGUUCAAGCUGCUGCAAAAAAUGUUUGCUCUAUUUUGCAGGCUGAAGCUAUUGGAUUAUCACUGUCGGCUGAGGUGGUUAAAGCUCUAGGAUGGAAUACUGCUAUUUUCUUAUCUGAUUGCAGGAAUCUUGUCCAGGUGGCUAAAGCAAGAAACCUUUUAGAGAGUCCAGGAGAUUGGAGGAUAAGACCUAUGCUUGCUGAAUUUCUUAAUCACACUUCUUUUCUUUCAUUAUGUGAAGUCAGGUCUAUACCUAGGAAUGGGAAUGUCAUUGCUCAUUCCCUAGCUAAGAAAGCUUUUAUGCAAAGAGCUGUCUCUAGUUCUUCAAUCUUAUGCAGCAAAUCUUCUGGAUGUAAAGCUCAACAAGCUUUAAACUCUAUCUCCUUUCCUUUUGGAAAGUUGAUCUCUGUACACUGUUUGGGUUGCAAAUAA